GCUUGAGCUCAGAAACUCUUGACAUCCCACAGAUUGAAGACCUGCCCAGAACCCCCUGCCCAAAAGACCUGAAGUUCAAAACAUGGCUCGCCAGUGCAGCGUUAACAUUGAGAACACUUCUAUGUUCACCCUGUGCAAUGUGAUGUCUUACUCCAACAGUGGAUUCUGUGAUGUUCCUCUGCCUCCGAGACUCAGCCCAUCCGAAAAUGGCAGUGCUGUCUACCGCAAGACUCCUAACACAGCCCGUGGGGCUGUGGCCGUCUUCACCUAUGACAUCUGCUGGAAAUGCGAAGAUCAGGCCAUUGAAAAAAUAGCUGUGAUGUUCUCUAAUCCGUAUGACUUUGCUUCCGGCUCUAACUGGUAUGCAGUGGGAGUGUUCAGGAAGGAAACAGUCUGUGAUUAUGCACUGUAUAAUGAGAUGUAUAACAAAGUUCAAAACAGAUUUGUCAGGGGUAAAGCCUCUCAGGGCAGUCUCACUUACAGUGGCUCUUCAGUGACCAUCAGUGCCAAUAUGUCGGAUAGCUACAAGCCUGUCCUCAAGGUCAAUGUCUACAACAAGUGACGCCAAGGGUGCAUUCAAAUUCUAGAAUCAAUGCAGUGUUGCAACACCUAGCGGUAAUAAUAAUUUCAGAGCAAAUGAAUUCAAUUUAUAGAUAAAAAAUAUGCUAUUUCCAGCUAUAUACAGCAUAUUUACAUUGCGUACUGUACUUGUACUGAUGCCCAUCAAUAUACAGCGUCUAAAUAAGCAAUUAAAAUUGAAAAAAUCAUAUUACAUUUAGUUUAAAAUUUGAAUUCAGUUCCAAACAAAUAAAUUAAAUUUGAAAUUAUGCUUUUCAGAUUCAGUUUUUCACUGCAAUGAACCAUUAGAGCCCUAGGCUAUUUUCAGUGUAAUUUGACUUACAUUUACCUUUACUUUUAAGCUCUUAUCUGAGUAAUUGUAAUGGCCAUCUAUAUAUGCUGUAUCUUG